GCUCCAACACACACACACAAAGCAAGGUUCACAACCAGCUAAGCUAGAUGGCUAAUGGAGCGUUAGCCUGCUCAUGUAGAUAUGCUAAACUAACAACGUCCAGGGUUUCUGCUCGAAGUUAACAUAGCUAGUGGUAGGGCUGUUGUUUAGCAGUCAGUAUGGCGGUAGUCAUCAGGCUGCAGGGCCUGCCCAUAGUGGCCGGCACCAUGGACAUCAGACACUUCUUCUCUGGCCUCACCAUCCCUGACGGGGGAGUGCACAUCGUAGGGGGUGAGCAUGGCGAGGCCUUCAUCGUCUUUGCCACUGAUGAGGACGCUCGGCUGGGGAUGAUGCGUACAGGUGGGUCCAUUAAGGGCUCCAAAGUGUCACUGUUGCUUAGCAGCAAGACAGAAAUGCAGAACAUGAUUGAACUCAGUCGUCGCAGGUUUGAGGCUGGGGCAGGUGCUGUGGAAACGGCUGCACCAACAGCAGGAAAUGCCAACCGACAAGCAGGCACUGCCACAGUGCAACCAGGGACAGGGGGAAGAAGUGGCAGCCAUGGAAACCAGGGUUUCAGUAACACGUCAGCCUCAGUGACUGCAGCAAGUUCAUCUCAGGCACCACCAAGUAACAAGGCAGUGGCCAGCGCGGUGCCCAGCUUCCCCAACAGCUACAGCUCCACCCCUACAAUCACCACAGCACUGGCAUCGCUCAAUGCAGGCCCCCCACCCAUCCCUCCUCUUCCCAGCAUGCCCUCCAUGCCCCCCAUGCCCAAUCUGCCCACCAUCCCAGUUCCUCCUCCGGUGUCCUCCCUUCCCCCUGUCCCUACUGUCUCCCCCCUGUCCCAAGGACCUCCAGUGCCUCCUAUGUCCCACCUCCCCCACAUGUCUUCCAUGCCUCCGUUCAACCCCUCCCUACCUCCCCCAGGAGGACUAGGCUCUGGCCUCCCUCUUGGAACUCACAACCCCAUGCUGUUCAACCCUCUCUCCCCCCUGGCUUCUCUUGGCCUCCAGGCCCAUAUGAAGGCUGCUGCUGCUGCAGCUGCUGGAGCAGGAGUGGCCAGUCCUGAUGAGUUGUUUGUCGUCUUGCAGAACCUCCCAUUCUCCUGUUCAGAGAUGGAGGUCAGGGGUUUUUUCCGGGGUCUGGGGGUGGAUGGGGUUCACCUGCUGAGAGAUGGUCAGGGUCGCCCAACUGGCAGGGCUAUGGUCAAGUUUUUCUCGCCCCAGGACAGCUUUGAAGCUGUGAAGCGAGGAGGUGGCAUGAUGGGCCAAAGGUUUAUCGAGAUUACCCCAGGCUCUGAGCGGCAAUGGGCAAGCCUCAAUGACAGUGCAACAGGCCAUGCUCCUCACAAUAGCAGCAAAUUAAAUAACAGCAACGAGUCGCAGGACCAACAGCACCGCCGUGGUAAUCCUGGAUCAGUGCCUGGAGGCAGGGAUCAGCGAGGAAGGUCAAGAUCUCCCCACCGGCAGGAAUUCUGUGUCUACCUGAAGGGCCUUCCCUACGAAGCUGACAAGAAACAGAUAAAGGACUUCUUUAACAAUUUGUCCAUUAUGGAGGAAAGCAUCUACAUUGCCUAUGGGCCCAAUGGACGAGCCACAGGAGAGGGCUUCCUUGAGUUCAAAACAGAACAGGAUUACAAAACUGCUCUUAGUGCUCACAUGCAGUACAUGGGCACCCGCUUCAUCCAGGUCCACCCAAUCAGCCGGAAGGGAAUGCUCGAGAAGAUUGACAGCAUCCGCAAACGUGAAGCAGCACAGGGUGAUGGCAAGAACCAGGAUGGCUUAAAAGCUCCCAGGAACUGUGCCCACAUCACCAACAUCCCAUACAAUGUCUCCAAGAAGGAUGUUCGUGCCUUCCUGGAGGGUGUGGGGCUUUACGAGGACACUCUGAAGGUUCUGACAGAUAGCCAUGGCAACGGUUUAGGGCAAGCUAUCUUCCAGCUACGGACUGAGGAAGAUGCCCGCAAAGCUGAAAGACUGCACCGCCAAAAACUCAAUGGCCGCGAUGCCUUUGUCCACCUGGUGACCUUUGACCAGAUGAAGGAAAUUGAGAGGAAUCCUCCUCCCCAGAACAAGAGGGGGCAACGGAACCAAACCCAGCUGAACCAAAAUCAGAACCAACAUCAGCAAGCCCAGCCCAGUCCACAACAACCCCAGAUCAACCCAUUUGCUGGGAUGAGUGGGGAGGAGUUUAACUUUCUCAGAAACACCAUGGGGAACCUCAACAGUGCCCCCUUUGUGACUCCAUUCUCAGCCCCAGGGAAUGGGCUGGCAGGCCCUCCUCCUCUCCCUCCUCUGGCAGCAGGGCUGGGGGACGUGAAUCUGGGCAUGGCUCCUCCACUUGUUGCCGGUCUUCCUGGUCCUCCAAUCCUGGAGCCACCAGGCUUUCGAUCUGGAGCUGCAGGAGGAGCUCCAUUCAGCCAGGAUGGGCUGAGAGGGUUGGUGCCCUUCGACAAUGGUAACAGAAAAGGCGGUGGAGGAGGACAGAACCGAGGGGGAGGGGCUAACAACAACCAAGGACGUCCAGGGGGCGGGGCUACUGGUGGACAGCAGGUGUUCACUCCAGGAGCUGAUGGUCUACGUAACCAGCCGGCCCCUGGAGGAUCUAACAAUCCCAACAAUCAACGCGGUGCUGCUGGCCCAACAAUUGUAAAGCUUCAGAACAUGCCGUUCACUGUAACCGUGGACGAGAUCAUGGACUUCUUUUACGGCUACCAGGUGCUGCAAGGCUCAGUCUGCCUGCAAUUCAGUGAGAAAGGCCUGCCAACUGGCGAGGCCAUGGUGGCCUUCCAGAACCACGAGGAGGCAACUGCCGCCGUUAUGGACCUUAAUGACCGACCUAUUGGAGCUCGCAAGGUCAAGAUAAGCCUGGGUUAGAACCCCGCCUCAAACACACUGACUGUAGAUAAAAGAUGUUAAACCUACCUGGAUCAAACAUCCAGGUGAAACAAAGUCAACAUAAACCAUACCUGAUUCUGGACUCAAACUGUUAGCAUCUCAGUUUAGACUUUUUCUGAUCGCUGACUGUCUGUCAAUUACUGAAGCCCCUCCCCCUGUCUAUAUAUAUGGCAGGUAAACCCUGCAGUCUGUCCAGUAGGACUCAGAUCCAGACUUUGCUCUUUUCUGCAGCUCCUCCACUGACUCUGAUAGCACAGUGAUGAUGAUGACUAUAAUGAUAUUGUUGAUAUUGGCAGGAUUUUGGAUUUACUCUGUUUCCAAUGCAGCUUUUUGUCAAGUCAUGUCAAGAGUUGACACACUGACAAUACUUACCUGUUUUGUUGCGAUGGUAACAUGAUGAUUAUGAUGAGGCUGACAAACAUUGCUGCUGUAUGCGCUUACAUGUGUUGUGCUGCUGUGGUUUAAAAUGUACAUGCUCUGUUGAUACGAUGAUAUCUUAACAUGCUCUGUUUAUAUGGUAAAACCUUUUGCUAUGGUAAAACAUGCUGUAGAUGAAAAGCUUUUCUACAACAGUGAAAUUUAUGAUAAAAAGCUAUGUUGCCAUGAUCAAAUGUGUAUGCUUUGUUGCUAUGGUGAAAUGUUGAAAUGCUCUGUUGCUAUGUAGAUGAUGUGGGAUGGACAGAUUGCUGAUUCGUGUUUUAUUUUGUAAAUAAUGACUUUUGGCCGGUGAAUCCUGUUCCUCUGUCACAUUUUUCUGAUGUUGCUGUGUUUGAACAAUGCCACCCCCAACCUCUCCCUUUCUGCAGCAUAUGCUCCAUUGGUAUUUGGACUGUAGAGUCUGAGAUGAAGUCUAGCGUAUUUUAGUUUGGUAGUUUUUUGUGUAUGUUUGAUAAUGUUUUGGAUGUUUUCACCGUAAAGCUAACUUUUCUUUCUAUUGUCCGUGUGAAAAAAAACUUGCAUGAUCGUAUAACCAUACAUGAUGUGGAGUCUCCUUUGCUUUGGUUAAUAAAAGGACGUCCGUGAUGCACACCUGCUCA